GUAUCUUUCUCUUUUUUGUUCUCUCCCUCUCCAUUUGUAUGGAGCUCAAAAGAAAGCUGACAGAGGAAUUCCCUUACCUUUCAAGCCUUCUUUCUGACUAUCCAUUAAAACAAGAAGUGAUAGCAAAUGGGUAUCCUCAUGAGAAGGGAAUGUUUCAAAAUCUUGAUUAUCUUAUUAAUGGAGAUGGGUCGAUUUUCAAUAAUUCGACCAAUCAUAAUCAUUUUAUAGGUCUUGAAGGGUCUUCAAAGAAUCCAUUUUUUGGGAUUUCAUCGAGCACAAGUUUUGAUAUCGAUCCUCUUAUCAAGACUUCUCUUCUUCACAAUGCUGAUUAUAAAGGCGGAGAUUAUAAUAACAGGCUCUUGCAUGGCUUCCAAUUACCAAAAAUUGGAGCUAAUCGUCAAAAUCAUAUAUAUCAUCAGAAAAUGAGUCCUAACAUGGUUUUAGAUCAUGAUCAAGUCUCAUGCGUAAUAGCAGAUAACCAUGGGUUAAGCAAGAACUUUGAUCAUAGAAAGGAUAAAAAGCCUCAUCAAGUCAAGAAAGUUGGCAAACCUCAAAAGAAAUCCCAUAUAAUCAAAGGCCAAUGGACUCCCCAAGAAGACAGAUUGUUGGUGCAGUUGGUGAAACAUUUUGGAAUUAAGAAAUGGUCUCAUAUCGCUAAGCUGUUGGACGGAAGAGUAGGGAAACAGUGUAGAGAGAGAUGGCACAACCAUUUGAGGCCAGAUAUCAGGAAAGAUGCUUGGAGUGAAGAGGAAGAUGAAAUUCUAAUUGAAGCUCAUCAGAAAAUUGGGAACAGAUGGGCAGAAAUAGCCAAGAGAUUACCUGGAAGAACAGAAAACACUAUAAAGAACCAUUGGAACGCAACAAAGAGAAGGCAAUUCUCAAUUAGGCGAAAAGGGAAGGAAUCAAAUUCGAGAGGCACAUUAUUGCAGAGCUAUAUUAAGACUUUAACUACUCAUGAUCAAGACCAGAAAAAUAACUACAGUGAGAGCUCAUUUUCUUCCCCAUUCGUCUCAGAUCAACUGAAUGCCUGGACGACCGAUUACUAUGAUUAUAUCAGCGAAGUAUUAAACGUUUCUCUCGAGGCAAAUAACUUGUUUGAUGAUAAUAGUUAUGGGUUCGGGGUUGAAGAGAGCCAAAUGCAGUAUGAGAUGGCGAUGGAAUUGGACAGUUUGAUUAAGGGUACUACAACUAGUGAUGAAGCCAGGAAGGAAAUGGAUUUGCUAGAGAUGAUCACACAAGGAACCCAGAAUUAAUUUGGUGGCGCUUGCUUGCAUGUAUUGCAUGAAAUCUAUGGGUGACUUUUUUAAGAAUAUGUUAUCUUUUAUGUUUUUAUUUUUGCUUCAAUUAUAUAAAUAUUAAGGAAUGUUUCUUGGACU